GCCGCCGCCGCCGACCGGGGGCUUUUGGGCAAGAUGGAAUUGAUCCAAUGGCUGCACCUUCAUUAUCGGGUAAUCCGUAGUUGGUAGGUGAUGUUUUAAAGAAGCUCCUUAUGGGACAAGAUGGAAAAUUCAGCCCCACCAAUGUUCUUUUCUUUGCAACGCAAGUAUGGACAUAAAAGCCUAUGAUGCUUACUCCAGUUCACCGUUUCAGAGACAUUGAGCGGACGCCCGAAUACCUCCAACCGGAGAAGUGCCUGCCGCCUUCUCGCCACGGUUCCCUGGGAGCCAUGUGGUUUAUCCGAGAUGGCUGUGGCAUCGCGUGUGCCGUUGUCACCUGGCUGCUGGUCCUCUACGCGGAAUUCGUGGUCCUCUUUGUCAUGUUGGUCCCAUCGAGAGACUACAUUUACAGCGCCAUCAAUGGAAUAGUAUUCAACAUGCUGGCGUUCCUGGCACUGGCGUCCCAUUUCCGAGCUAUGCUGACCGAUCCAGGUGCAGUACCCAAAGGAAAUGCCACAAAAGAAUUCAUUGAAAGUUUACAGCUCAAGCCAGGACAGGUGGUAUACAAGUGUCCGAAGUGCUGCAGCAUCAAACCUGACAGAGCCCAUCAUUGCAGCGUCUGCAAGAGGUGUAUUCGGAAAAUGGACCACCACUGCCCGUGGGUUAAUAACUGCGUAGGAGAGAAUAACCAGAAGUACUUUGUACUGUUUACAAUGUAUAUAGCACUCAUUUCCCUGCAUGCCCUCAUCAUGGUGGGAUUUCAUUUCCUGUACUGCUUUGAAGAAGACUGGACAAAAUGCAGCUCUUUCUCUCCACCCACUACAGUGAUUCUUCUCAUCCUGCUGUGUUUUGAGGGCCUCCUUUUCCUCAUCUUCACGUCAGUGAUGUUUGGGACCCAGGUUCACUCCAUCUGCACUGAUGAAACGGGCAUUGAGCGCCUCAAGCACCAAACCCCAACCUGGGAGAAAACCAGCAACUGGGAAGGGAUGAAACUGACUUUCGGUGGUGAUUUCUCACUGAACUGGUUUAGUCCUUUCUCGAGCCUACGAGGCACCAAGAUGCCCUCUGAGGGGGCAACCGUGGCCUCAGUGGCAGCAGAGGUUGUGCCUCCAGGGGAUUUUGCGGAUCUAAGGGAUCACGAAGACUCUGUCCAGGUGAUAAAUGAGUAGUUUAGAGGGGUCCCCCCCCAACCAGCCUCUGGGAUGUGACUUUGAAAGGAAAAAUAAUUUUCUCAACAUUUGCACUUGGGACUUCAGUCAACAAGACAACUGGUAAGAGUUCUCCUAAAUCCCAAGCAGGAGGCAUUCCAGGUUCCUCAGAACCCCCUGCUGGGAAUAAUACUUUUAGUCAAUUCCCCUUUUCCCCUCACCUCUUGGGCCUUAACCACACGGGAGUUUCCCCUAGCCUCAUGUGCUAGUGUGGAACAAAUGCGGAAACUCCACAUCGCCGUGGCAGGUCUUCAACACUUGCCGGCACGAAAGCUAAAAGUGUAGGGAGUGGGAAGAAGACGGGGAGAAGCCCUUAAGGCUGGCGUGGGAAGGCUUCCCAGGAACUUUAGGGCACUGACCCUCUUUCCUUAGCAAGACCCUUGUAGUUCUUGACUGAUUUUUGAGGGGUCUGAGAAAACCAUUUAAAGGCAGGAGGUCAGAAGGCCCUGAACCUCAGGCACCGGUGACCCCCUACCACAUUCCCCACACCUUCCGCUUCUGUUGGCCCUGGCAUUGGGUUGACCGGGACAGGACUGUAGUGACCGCAGAGAUGAAGCUGCCACCUGAAGUGUGUGGGAAGACAACCUGCCUCCCCCCUCAUCCCUGUGUUUCCUGGCUCAGUUCUCUAAAAGUCCAGCUUAGACACUGAGUGCUCUUGGGUUAUGCACUUCAGUUUCCAUGGGGCAAGCUGCUCAGACAGGGAUUCUCACCCAGCUACACCUGCCAUGCCCAUUUCUCCCUUCACAUUCUCCUCGGUGUGCACUCAUGCACACACACCCACAUUCGAGAUUGGGAUUUAUGGGCCAAUAAUUCUGGAGAAGGGGCUGGCCUCUGGUGGGUCCGUACAAGGGCAAGAAAAUAAGUGACUGAGCCUUUCUGAGGUGAACCUCUUUUCUGUUCCCAAUGGUAAGGCUGUUUUAAGAAACAUCCCAGUAUCGUGUUCUAAAAGUUGAAAAUGUUAAGUACUUGCAGAAUUGUUGUAGAUAUAGACAUAAAUGCCCACACAUGUGCACUCACAGAGGGAAAUGUGCUCAAGUUGAACCUUGGAACAGAAAAAGAAAUGACCAAGAUCUGUGAUUCUCAAGGAUGUCAGUAAGACUUUGCUAGGAACAAAUCAUCUGAUUGUGCCCAACCUAGAAAACAUUAUCAAGAUGAACCACCUCUCAGAUUUCACUGUUCGAUGCCCAAGUGUUACACUAGGUUCAGAAAACACAUCUGUUUGUUGUAUAUAAGUCCGUUCUUAGAACGGAAGGGUAGAUUGAAAUCCUUACUUACUGCACUGCAUCUCCCUGGGUUCGCCCCACACUCAAGGAAUUUCCUUUAUGCCUUCCUGCUGGAGGGAAUUGAGAAAUUCACUGGAGCUGGCUUGGGGACUUCAAAAAAAAAAAAAAGAAUCUGGCACAAUCCAGCCUAGCUUGGGGACUUAAAAACCAAAACAAACCUGAAACCACUUCACCCUGUGUAUAAUGAUCUGGGUUGAAGUGGUAGGUUUGUGUUUUAUAAACGUCUCUUAAACAGAUAUCCCUUUCCCGGCAGUAUUGAAAGAUAUCUCCAAGACAGUUGUCUUCUCAGCAAUGGAUGCUCUCUUGCUGGAAGCUGCUGUUCUAAAGCAUUUUCCCAGGGCAUCCAGCUCCUGUGAAAGGAGACAAUUCCAUCUUUUUGACUUCCAGUGUUCAAACUGGCAAUACGAACCGGGAAUCCCAAGGUUCCCAAUCAACAGCUCUGGUGCCGCCCUGACUCAUGGUUUAUUUUCCAAAUCCCUACUAAGAAAUGAUUGGGUCUCCCCCCGGCAGAUUUGUUCAUCACUGUAAUUAGCUUUAUGUUAUAGGCCUUUCUCCAGUCCCUCACUCUCUAAAGUCAGCUGAAGCCUGUGGGAAAUGUAUCUGAUCGCAGCUCAGCCUGGUAGAAUUUACCACACUCAUAUCGCAAUCUCCUUGGCAUUAAAUGUUGGUCGUCUUUGAAAACCAGUCCAGCAACCAACCUGCGAUGGUCGCAUACAUUCAUACCUCCAAAUGCCCAGCUGCCAUAUAUUGAAUGCUCAGGCUUUCUUCAGAUUCUUUGGGAUUCAUCCUCCCAAAGGUUUAACUGAGGUUUUUAAGGAGGGGAAAAAAUGAUAGCAAAACAAUAACCUUUAGUUGGAAUUAUAGUCUUACAUAUUUAAUGAAGGAUGAGAAUUAAUAUUGGUGUUGGAAUUUCUCUGCUAUCACUAACUGCAACUGGUGUGCCUUGUUACUGAUAAUACAGUUAAUAUUUUAAGGUAACUGUUCUGCAAUCUAUGAUUAUGAAAUUAUUUCCACUAUAUUUGUCUGCAAAGGAUUUUCAUAUUGCACUGUGGCCGGGGUUAAAGAGAAAUAUUUGCCUUGCCAUAACAAAAAAAAAAAAGCACUUAACCUUGAACUUCUAGGCCCCAAGGUCUCUAAACCUAUUUCCCUGAUGUCAGCUUUAAUAUUUAUCAAAUGAGCAUAUGCCAAAUGUCCUGAGUUGAAUCUGUGUCAGCUCGUUAGAAUUACAGAUAAACCAAAGCUGAAGUUCACUUGGUUCAGCAAGAUUAGGAAUUCAGGGAGAAAAAGCUACAUACUCUCUCUGUGAAUGAACUUCUUUUUUGGUGGGACCCACGAUAUUUGUUCUAAACAAUCAGGAAGCGACUAUGGGAUCACAGUACACUGACUUCUCACCAAAGAUACCCAUUUUUUUCCCCACUGUACUGUGCUAUGUGUAGAGAAAUUAUUUUUGUAACAGUGGAAAAAGCAAUAAGGAUGUCUCAGAAAACAGCAAGUCAUUUAGUCAACAAUCACCUAUCGAACAACCACUAUUAGCACCCAAAUUUAUCCAGACUUUUUUUUUCCUGGAAACAAACACCAAAGCUCUCCGUUGGAUUGACCCACUGGGAGGAGGGAGAGGGUAGUUUUUUUCCUCUUUUUUCCCCUUGUGUUCCCUCCUAGCCUGGGAAGUCAAGGAGAUUUAACCAAAGGGAAAGUACUCUCAGAUGUUCUUCCUUAUGACUCUGGUGUUUCACGUUUGGGAAAAAGAUUUGGGUUCUGUGGUUACUUCAUCUGUUCUGGUUUGCCUAUAAUAGGACCUCGCAAAUUCUCACUUCACUCAUCACCACCCAGAAAUUCUCUUCAGCUGAAUCGUCCCACUUCUUGGCACAGACUCGGUAGCUAGAGAUGUGCCAAACCUUCCUUAGCUUGGAAGGUGCAAACACAUUGACUCACGUGCUGCUAUGAAGUGUUACCGUGAGUAAUGAGGUUUAAUCACAUUGGACCAGAUAAAAUGAAUUAAGUGCAAUUUAGGUUGCGUGGCCUUGGUUUUUGUUUAUGCUGUUGAUCUUAAUCUGUGUUUGUGCAGGCACCAAAUUCAGGUAUUUGCCACUGAGGAGGGUCUAGAUGAGGUUUUUCCAGCAUGUGAUUAUUAUAGGGUUUAAAUCAAUGCCUUUUUGCUUGGAUCGAAAAUCUCUUCGCUUUGCCUCAGUGGCCAUUUUUCUCUCACCUCUAGCUAAAAAAGACCACUAUCCUGAGACAUGGCUUGGCCUCUGCAGCCUUCUGAGAAGGCAAGUUAUUUUUCAUUCCAGGUGUGAGAAACAAUGAUGUGCCUAGUUGGAUUUGCACCAUAGGCAUUCUAUGCAAUGAAGGAUCUGUGCAGCUACAACCUCAGAAUGUAUUUUUGAGCUGUUGGUGAUUGUAAUGCAAUACUCUUUUGUGCCUUUGAGAGUUUCUCUUACUAAACACGUUAAUUUCCCUCUC